CCUCUCUCAUCCUCCGCAUUGCCGACUCCAGUAUCCCCCGAAUCAAAACAGAAACGAAGCCGCAACGCUAAAAUGGCUAUUCCUAAACGCCACGAUCCCCGUCCCCCAAAUCCUGCACUUAUCAAACUGUGACAGAAAUCGGAUUGGGAGCAAGUACGUGAUAAUGACGUGUCUAAAAGGCGUAACCGCAGGUAAUGUUUAUGACGAAGUUACAAAGGAUAAGGAAAAGGUGGAUUGUAUCUUAAAUAGAUGGCGGAAUUCCAUAUCCAAUUACAUAAACACCCUUUCCCAGGUCUAGGCGGCCUUUGCAUCGCGCAACUUGGAGAUGUCAUCCCCGGUCCACAUCUCGACGAACAUUAUUACCAA